AUGUACUCUUCCACCAAUAGUAAAAGGGGGGAGCAAAUUCAGAUGCCAAUGGGAGCAAAUUCAGUUGGCAAUGGAUGCAAAUUCAAUUUCUAUGGAAGUCAAUCAGAUGUCAAUAGACCAAUUGGCAAUGUCAAGAUCUUUUAUCCUAAAAAGUCAAACAUUACUGGUUGCUUGCAAUUCCCAAUUUUGGACACUAAUGUCUACUCUGACACUUUUACUAUAACAAAAAUAAAGAGAAUAUAUGUAUCACCACCAGAGAUUUUUGUUAUCAUUUUGGGUGAAAAUUGGCACCUAAGCAAUAUGAUUGGCUUAGAGGCCAAAAUAUUGUAA